UCGCAGCACUUUCCGCCAUUAUUCUGCUUCUUCAUCUUACGCGCUCUCAACUUCGAUUAUCCCCUCCGCCGCAUCCUCUCUUUCCACACCUACAUAACUAUUUCUUUCUUAUUCUCAAAUCCACUUUGCCGACAUUACUACUUUCUAUAUAUACACACACCACACCCCUUCACCUUUUCUUCCAAAUUCAUUCCUACCCAAUUCCCCCUCCAAUCCCAAUUCCAAGCAUUACCAAUGGCCCAUUCCUCGAUUGUUCCCAAUUUCCAUCAUCCCCCACGAGUUUUCGUUUGCAAAACCUGUAAUCGUGAAUUCUCCUCCUUUCAAGCUCUCGGCGGCCACAGAGCAUCGCAUCGGAAGCCCAAACUCUCCAUCUCCGCUGAUGGUGUUUUUAAUAGUAGUAAUCAGGUUAAGACGAAGGUUCAUGAGUGUUCUAUUUGUGGUGUUGAGUUCCCUGUUGGGCAAGCGCUUGGUGGCCAUAUGCGACGCCAUCGGAAUUCUUCUCCUCCUCCGCCUGUUGUUAAUGAUCAUCCACAGAUGGGUCAGCCAGUCGUCUCCGAUGAAUCCGAUUGUGAUUGCGGUGUUGGUGGAGGUGUUGAUUUGGAUUUGAAUCUCACCCCCUUGGAGAAUGAUCUCGUUCGCUUGCAGUUGAUGGCUCCCCCAGUCGGUUGCUUCACAUAAUCAUUAUUGUUAUUAUUUUGUAUAAAAUAUUUAAUUUCUUAAUUUGAUGAUGAUACACACAGAGCUAGAGACUUCGACUUUUUCUUUCA